GAAAAUUCAAGAGCAGCAGAAGAUGCUGUUGUGGAGUCAAGCCAUGGAAAGUAAAAGGGAACGGUUCUUCCCUUUGAACCAUAUGCUAUCACCUUCGAUGAAGUCAUAUACUCUGUUGACAUGCUACAGAAAAUGAAAGAACAAGGUGUACAAGAGGACAAGUUGAUGCUUCUGAAGGGUGUUAGUGGUGCAUUCAGGCCUGGUGUUCUCACUGCUCUUAUGGGUGUAAGUGGAGCCGGUAAAACUACCUUGAUGGAUGUUCUUGCUGGUAGAAAAACCAGUGGAUAUAUUGAAGGAAGCAUAAAAGUUUCUAGAUACCCUAAGAAGCAAGAAACAUUCGCUCGAGUCUCGGAUUACUGUGAACAGAAUGAUAUGCAUUCACCUCACGUUACAGUCUAUGAGUCCUUGCUCUACUCCGCAUGGCUUCGUUUAUCUUCAAGUGUUGAUUCCAAAACUAGAAAGAUGUUCAUUGAGGAAGUCAUGGAACUUGUGGAGCUAACCCCAUUGAGGAAAACAGGUGUAGUGUGUUUUUACUUUUUGUUAUUAUAUCUUACGUGAUACAACUUUAGAUGAAGUCAUGCAUAUGCUAAAAUUUUUCAUUGAGAUCUGAUAUAUAAUUUGCCUUUAACCUGGAACUAUCAUUUUCAUUGCUGUUUUAUUUUCCUAUGCAGUGUGUUCAUAACGGAAGGUGAUCCCCAUCCAGGGGCAGCAAGAGGUCGUAUGUCAUUUCAAAGUUUUAAUCCUUCUGUUGAUGUGAGUGUGAAUGAUCAAUAGUUUCAAAGCUUUUUUCGUGUUCUCAAUAUUGUGCUCUUUCUUGUGAUCAU